AGACACCGUGCAGGCUCUGGCCCCCCAGGAUGGGGAUCUGGCAGAGGAGCAUCCACACGCCCGCGGCGCUUGGCAGGGGACGAGGUUCCAGAGCGCAGUUGGUACAGGGCUGCUCCGCGGCAGUCGGGCGAGGCCAGGAGGUUGCAUCUGCAUAUCCCUCUCUGGAUGUACAGUCUCUGGAUCCCUCCCCUGAACUCUGGAGAAGUGGUUCCAGCGGUAGGGAGAAUUAGGUUUAGUGCUUGCCACCGCUCCGACCUGGGUAUCCCGGGACUCCCGAGUCCUCCGAGGUCUUGUUCGAGACUACAUUUCCCAGAAGGCCGCGCGGUGAUUGAAAGUUCUAUCAGCCUAUGGACGGACAAGGCUUCUGGUCGCGGAAAACGAGGAGCCAAUGGAACUGAUGACUCUCAAUGAUGUGGCUGGGGACUUCAGGGAAGAGUGGGUUACCUGGACACCGCUUAGAGAAUUCUCUUCAAGGAUACCACCCAACACAGUUAGAAGAAUGGGCUCUCAGAGGGAUUUCCAGGCCAAGUAUAGUCUCCCAGCUGGAGCAGAAAGAAGACCCAUGGGUGCUACCACUCCAAAAUUUUGAGGCAAGGAAGAUCCUAAGAGAAACGCACACAGACUUUGAGAAUCAGGUGACAAAACUCAAUCAGGACGUUUCAGAAAUAGCAGAACAAUGUGGAACAUCGUCUGAAAGGGCCAAUGAAGAUAUUUCUGACACUCCUGGAUGGGGAGGGAACUGGGAGAGGGAUCUUGAAAUAGAAGGGCAACAUGGAACCCUCUCCUGGAAGGAGAAGAAGCCCCUUCCACAGGAGAAGGAUUUAAACAAGCUACUGGAUGGAUAUGUAGAAAAGAAGCCUGUGUGUGCAGAAUGUGGAAAAAGCUUUAACCAGAGCUCCUAUCUCAUAAGACACCUAAGAACCCAUACUGGUGAGAGGCCUUAUAAAUGCAUUGAGUGUGGGAAAGGCUUCAAACAGAGUUCAGACCUUGUUACCCAUCGCAGAACACACACAGGAGAGAAACCCUACCAGUGCAGCGGGUGCGAGAAAAAAUUCAGCGAUAGCUCUACACUCAUCAAACAUCAGAGAACCCACACAGGUGAGAGACCCUAUGAGUGCCCAGAAUGUGGGAAGACUUUUGGGCGGAAGCCACACCUCAUAAUGCACCAAAGAACCCACACAGGAGAGAAGCCCUACACGUGUCUUGAAUGCCAUAAAAGCUUUAGUCGAAGCUCAAAUUUCAUCACCCAUCAGAGGACCCACACAGGAGUGAAGCCUUACAGGUGUAGUGACUGUGGGGAGAGUUUUAGCCAGAGUUCAGACUUGGUUAAGCACCAACGAACCCACACAGGAGAAAGGCCCUUUAAGUGCCCAGAGUGUGGGAAGGGCUUUAGAGAUAGUUCUCACUUUGUGGCACACAUGAGUACUCACUCAGGAGAAAGGCCUUUCAGCUGUCCUUACUGCCACAAAAGUUUCAGUCAGAGCUCACAUCUGGUCACACACCAGAGGACACACACAGGUGAGAGGCCAUUUAAGUGUGACAACUGUGGGAAGGGAUUUGCCGACAGCUCUGCCCUCAUAAAACACCAACGGAUCCACACAGGGGAAAGGCCCUACAAAUGUGGUGAAUGUGGAAAGAGCUUCAACCAGAGCUCCCACUUCAUCACCCAUCAAAGAAUCCACUUAGGAGACAGGCCCUAUCGCUGUCCCGAGUGUGGCAAAACCUUCAAUCAGCGUUCCCAUUUUCUCACACACCAGAGAACGCAUACAGGAGAAAAACCUUUCCACUGUAGUAGAUGUGACAAGAGCUUCCGUCAGAAAGCACAUCUCUUAUGCCAUCAAAAUACCCAUUUGAUCUAGGAAAUGGUUUGUAGUGGUUCUUCUGCCACUUUCCAGAUUUUCAUUUCUGUUGUCUCCAGGUGCUACAUAUAGAGAAAGGCUAAAUGUGGGUGUCAGUGGCUCAAGUUAGGCCCUGGUCUGUCCUCUGUCUUUUUCCUACACUUUAAUGACAAAGAUAAACCCAUAGGCCACAAAUAAUGUUCUGAACACAAAAGGCAUUCCUUCAGUGUUUUUAACUGACCUUAGGGAAAUGUAAGCUUGAUGGUUGAUGCUUGAUUACUAAAAGAGGAGUGAGAUACAUUAUCACUAUUAAUGAUAAGUAUUUGAGAUGUUUUUAAAGAUUUUGUUUAUUUAUUCAUGAGAGACACAGAGAGAGAGGCAGAGACACAGGCAGAGGGAGAAGCAGGCUCUUCCUGGGGAGCCAGAUGUGGGACUCGAUCCCAGGACCCUAGGAUCGUGACCUGAGCCAAAGGCAGACACUCAACCACUGAGCCACCUAGGUGCCCCUAAUAUUUGAGAUCUUAUUAUAAGCCCUUACAGCUGUAUAAGCCUGGCUCUUAAAAAGACUCCCAAUACGUUUUUUUUUCACUCUUACGACUCCAUAAGGAAUUCCUUAGUGCAGCCCCGUAAGCCCAGAACUUGCAAGAAAUUAGAUUGCAACUAAAGGAUUUGGGGUGUGAACACAAAGAUUUAAUAAAACCAGAAAACACUCUCUGUAUCCAGUGCUAUGCAGACAUUAGUCACCAGAUGUCUCAGUGCCAUGACAAGGCAGAAUUCUCGUAGAGGAUGUUUGUGGUCUUAUGACUUCAAAGCUGAGAGAAUUUCUGAAGCCCUUUGUGCAGCAGUGUAUAAAGUGCUCCCACUGGAGAUUUGCUGCCACCUGAGGCAGAGAAAAUAACCUGCGACAAACAAGCCCAAGGGACCUGGAAGAGGACUGUAAAAAUAUGGGAUCAAAAUUGCUGGGAUGUUAAAUAUUUCAGGGGUCCUUCCUGGCAUCUAGCUGAAGGAAACAAAACUCCUGUUUUCUAAUUGCCUGGGCCAUGGGCUCUUUAGUCUUAAGUUAAUGCAACUCUCUGAUUUUUUUUUUUUUUUUUUGUAGAGUCCAUUUUAUGCACUAGUACAUUCCUAUAUUUAACUGAAAUAAAUUGAGGGAAGGCUGUGUGUCGGAAAGAACACUGACUUCAUUGAGAGGGUGAGGUGUUUGAGUGCUGGCCCCGACGUUUAAUUUGGCCAGACUUUACCUUCUCUCAGCCUCUACCUUACUACCUACCUCACAAGGCUCUUGUGAGGAUCUAAUGUGUGCACACACACAAACACUUUGUUGUUAAAUUAUAAAAUAAUAAUGUCUCUAAAGUUCA